AUGUACACGGCUGAGCUGUUGCUGGCAGAUGCUGCUAGCUUCCAGCACAAUCUCGCGAAGCGGAAUGCAGACGAAGUGCCACAGGCAUGGGACGCUUUUACCCGGUACAUUACUGAAGUCAUGGGAAAGAAGCAGACCCUGAAUGUUUCGAAUUUUUGCAGGAUUGGCUGGAAGGUGGAAGAGGGUCUUCACCAGCCUCGCAUGAGGCCACACUUCAACAUUUCCGAUGCCUUUGCGAUAAGCUGCCGAGCGGACGCACGUUCCCAGCUGCAGGGGCCCGCUCACAGUUUGACGCAUGUUGAAGAGUUCAACUUCAGUGCAUCGCUCGGGGCGCUGGAGUUGAGCUUGCACUGGUACUACGGAGGGGCAGAUCAAAUUCGAGAAGAUUUCGGUGGCCAGCUUCUGUCUGGUUUUGAGCGUUCAGUUCACCCGUUCCCGGAUUCCAUCAUGCAGCUGAGCAGCACCGGAGGAGGUGGCAGAGGAAGCAACGAAGGAGAUGUAGUCGGAGGAACAAUCCUGCAUGACAAGAAGGAAUACUGGCGCCGUGCUGGCCAGUAUCACUAUCAUCAUACCUUGGACGCUGGUGAAAACACUCUGGAAGCAUCGCUCGUGCGGGUUGUGUUGCAGAGCCUGAGGAGCACCGGUAGGUUUUCGGCGAGCGACUUUCGAAAGCGAUACAUUGAGUUCAUGACGACACCUGGCACGCACAAUGACACCUAUGCUUCCACGUGCCACCGCAUGUUCUUCCAGAAACGGCGAGCAGGUGUUGAUCCCAAGGACUGUCCAGACAACGAUGGUCACAAUGUCGAUACGAUGGAUGGUCUGGUCAUUCCCACCGUAGUCGCUUUGAUCUCACUGGCCCAGGGCGAGGAUGUCGCAACUGCUGCUGCGCUCGCGGUGGAAGCAUUAGCAGUGACACGAUCAUCUGAGGUGCUCCCCGAAUAUAUCAGGACUACGACCCUCAUGCUGGAUAAGGUCAUGCGCGGGACGUCCUUGGACGAUGCCUCCAUGCAGACUUCGCUGGAGGUCUACGAGAGCGCUGUCUUUGACAGGAAGCGCCGAGGGAAGGAUCCGGUUGUUGCUUGCUACAUUGGUGGCUCAUUCCCGGCAUUGCUUCACUUUGCCUACAAGUACGCUGGCGACGACGCUUGGGAUGCCCUCCUGGCUUCUGCGAAUGCCGGGGGCGAGAACGUGCACCGCAACGAGGUGCUGGGGUUGCUGCUGGGUGCUGCACAGGGGCGGCCCGGCCUGAAGACCCAGGAGGAGGCUUUGAAGCAUUAUGCUGAGCUGGAGGAGGAGAUUCAGGCAGUUGUCGAGCAGGCGCUGCUGGACAGGGUGGGCGAUGUUUGCCGUGGUCGACACUGGCCGACGAAGAAGUUCGAGGUCGGCCUUGAGAUGGGCGUCGGCACGCUUCGUUCCUGCCAGCGUGUCGUCAGCUUCAGCUUCUCCGCGGAUCUCUAUGCGAGCGAGGGCUUGCAGGUGCCGCCUGAUGCCGCGGAGCCGAGUCCUCAGAAAUCCAAGGAGUCGCGCCAAUUCGGGCCGCGCAGAUCCGAAAAUUCGAGGCAAAGUCGGCCCACGAAGACGUUCACUCCGCCCUCGAAAGACGCGCUGUCCGGAACCCUGACUCUGGAGUCGAGGUGGUACUCGAACGGUAGACGCUGCAGGUCUUUGACCGUCGAUUCCAACCAGUUCCGUGGCACAGUCAAAGCCCGGGCCCUUGAGAGUCCACAGCAUGGGCUGGUGCGGCCUGGCCUGGCGAAGGCAACUGAUCUCGGGGGCUUUCACGAUACGGGGACGCCGGCUCGGACCCCUUUUUGUCCCAGCACGCCUUCCAUGGUUGCGUUCUGGGUACAGGCCUUCACCCUGGGCAGCUCCAGCGGUUCGGGCAUGUCUAAGGAGGAGCUGGCACAGAGGGAGGCCGACUCCGUGCGAUGCAACCGGCAAGCGCAUUUCCACUGCGGUUGA